CAACCAGACCUCCCUCAUCCUGUGUCUUCCCCUUUUUGUUUUUCGUCUCGUCCUUUCCACUCACUACUUGCUGACAACUGUGGCUGGCAGUGACAGGUCUCAACCGAAAACGAAAAAAGAAAUCAGAGUGAAGACAGGGAAAAGCCACCCGUAGUUGUACUAUAGGCUGAAAGUUAUCUUCUGAAGUAAUAAUUUGUGAGUACCAUGUGGGACAGUGGAGGCUUGGCUGCAUGUCAGCAGCUUUGAAGAGUCUCUUCUGAAGAUCAUCCUCUGACCCUGCUGGACUGAAUUCCUUAAACCUUGUAGCAUCUCUGGAAUGUGUCUGAAACUUUCAACCCACUCGACCGCUUCGUUUGAAACACUUUCAAAACAACAAGUGAAUUUCUAACCUUCAUAGUGAAAGAAAACUAAAGACACAAUGAACACCACAGUCACACAACCAUCGAGCACCACAAACUCAACCGUGUGUGUUAAAAUUAGCGACAGUGCCAUCAGUGACUUUUUGAUGUCUGUUUACAUUAUUGCUUUUAUAUUUGGUUUGAUCUUCCAUGUUCUGACCUUGGGCCCAAUAUACCAACAAGUGCGGCGGCAAAAUGUUCUGGGCAUCUUCCUGCUCAACCUGUCCCUUUCUGACAUGCUCUUCAUCCUGACUAUGCCCCUUUGGAUCAAUUAUUACCGAGAGGACCACCACUGGCGGCUUGGUGCUGUUUCCUGCAGUGUUGCUGGCUUCGUCUACUACUCCAACAUGUACAUCAGCCUUUUCCUGCUCUGUAGCAUCUCCAUAGACCGCUGCCUGGUGGUCACAUUCCCACUCCGCUCCAAGACCCACCGGACAUCUCGUUACGCCUGGGCACAGUGUGGGGCUAUUUAUGCUGUGGUGAUAACUCUGCACAUCAUGGUUCUUAUCAAUGACAAUCUCACUGACGCCCAUGAUGAGCACAACAACAAUGACCGUUGCUAUGAGACUUACCCCAUUACCAAAGCUGUGGCCUUGUUCAACCUGGUCAGAGUGGGCAUCGGCUUCCUGCUGCCCCUGCUGGUGUUGGCAGUGAGCUAUUGGAGGGUGCUGGCCACUGUGGGCCAGAGUCCUGGCCUGAGCGCACAGGCUAAAAGGAAGGUCCGCAUGCUGUCCUUUGGGGUAAUUGGGAUCUUCUCCAUUUGCUUUGCUCCAUAUCAUAUUCUCCUGCUCAUCCGCUCACUUGUCUUCUACAGCAGUGAUGACGAAUCACCUCAAGGGAGUUACUGCCAGUUUGAACAAAAAAUGCAUUUUUUAUUCUCAUGUACACUUUCACUGUCCAGUCUGAACUGCGUGGUGGACCCUGUGUUGUAUGUGUUGGUCAGUAACGGAGUGCAGGAAGAUGCAAAACUGUGCUGGAGAAGGCAUAGAAGGACACAGACAGACUGUGCUUUAACUGCGUACAAUGGACGAACGUCUAAUAAUCCCCUUAUAUGAAAAGUAAGUGUGUAUGUGUGUGUGUGUGUGUGUGUGUGUGUGUGUGUGUGUGUGUGUGUGUGUGUGUGUGUGUGUGUGUGUGUGUGUGUGUGUGUGUGUGUGUGUGUGUGUGUGUGUGUGUGUGUGUGUGUGUGUGUGUGUGUGUGUGUGUGUGUGUGUGUGUGUGAGCUGUUUAAACUUGUGGCUUUAUUUUCAGAGGGUAGCGAGAACAGCAGGAAUAUAUACAUCCCAUAAUCAACCGUUGUACAGCCAAUCAGGUUUUGCUAUUUUGUCCCUCAUAUCCUCCACGAUGUCUGUGUGUGUGUGUGUGUGUGUGUGUGUGUGUGUGUGUGUGUGUGUGGGGGGGGGGGGGGGGGGGGGGGGGGUUGAAUUAUAUGCAUCUCCUUGCUCUGUAAUUGGAUUGUAUUCCCAGGUUCUGUUCUCUCAAGAGGUCUUCAGAGGCAGCCACUUCUGGUUCCUGGCUGGACCCUGUAGGAGUUGAAGAGCACUUGUGUUUUCCUACCAAUCUAUACAAGGAUAUUGUGAUUGUGAUUGUGUGUGCAUGUCUGAAGCAUGCAGAAAAAUUAUUGUAUUACCAUGACCAUGUACCUUGUCUUAAUGUCGGCAAAUGCCAUGUUGAAUGUAAAUCCAAAUAAAAAGGUGGUUUGAA